UCUUGGGGAGUUAUCCCACCUAGAAGCAGCUCCUCAGCUUUUGCUCGAAUCUGUUUGGUUCGGUUCGCUUCCACUCCAGCUUCCACCAUGUCCAUCACCGUGACUCAGAAGUCCUACAAGAUGUCCUCCUCUGGCCCCCGAGCCUUCAGCAGCCGGUCUUACACGAGCGGGCCCGGCACCCGUAUCAGCUCCUCAGCGUUCUCCCGAGGGGGCAGCAGCAGCUUCCGGGGUAGCCUGGGCCCCAGCCUGGGUCUGGUGGGGGGCUACGGCGGGGCAGGGGGUGUGGGGGGCAUCACAGCUGUCACAGUGAACCAGAGCCUGCUGAGCCCCCUUAAGCUGGAGGUGGACCCCAACAUCCAGGCUGUGCGCACCCAGGAGAAGGAGCAGAUCAAGACCCUCAACAACAAGUUUGCCUCCUUCAUCGACAAGGUACGGCACCUGGAGCAGCAGAACAAGAUUCUGGAGACCAAGUGGAGCCUCCUGCAGCAGCAGAAGACGGCUCGGAGUAACAUAGACAACAUGUUCGAGAGCUACAUCAACAACCUUCGAAGGCAGCUGGACACGCUGGGCCAAGAGAAGCUGAAGCUGGAAGUGGAGCUUGGCAACAUGCAGGGGCUGGUGGAAGACUUCAAGAAUAAGUAUGAGGAAGAGAUCAAGGAGCGUGCAGAUAUGGAGAAUGAAUUUGUCCUCAUCAAGAAGGAUGUGGAUGAAGCUUACAUGAACAAGGUAGAGCUGGAGUCCCGCCUGGAAGGGCUGACUGACGAGAUCAGCUUCUUGAGGCUCCUGUAUGAAGAGGAGAUCCGUGAGCUGCAGUCACAGAUCUCAGACACCUCUGUGGUCCUCUCCAUGGACAACAGCCGCUCCCUGGACCUGGAUGGCAUCAUUGCUGAGGUCAAGGCCCAGUACGAGGAGAUUGCCAACCGAAGUCGGGCCGAGGCUGAGACCAUGUAUCAGAUAAAGUAUGAGGAGCUGCAGACAUUGGCUGGGAAGCACGGGGAUGACCUCCGCCGCACGAAGACCGAGAUUUCUGAGAUGAAUCGGAAUAUCAGCCGACUCCAGGCUGAGAUUGAGAGCCUCAAAGGCCAGAGGCCCUCCCUGGAGACCGCCAUCGCUGAAGCUGAGCAGCGUGGAGAGAUGGCCCUCAAGGAUGCCAAGAAUAAGCUGGCCGAGCUGGAGGCUGCCCUGCAGCAAGCCAAGCAGGACAUGGCACGGCAGCUGCGUGAGUACCAGGAGCUCAUGAACGUCAAGCUGGCCCUGGACAUUGAGAUCGCCACCUACCGCAAGCUGCUGGAGGGCGAGGAGAGCCGACUGGAAUCUGGGAUGCAGAACAUGAGUAUCCAUACCAAGACAAGCAGUGGCUACUCAGGUGGGCUGAGCCCUGGCCUCAACUACGGCCUGAGCUCCUUCCAGUCCAGCUUUGGCUCUGGCGGGAGCUCCAGCUCCUUCAGCCGCACCAGCUCCACCAAGGCAGUGGUUGUGAAGAAGAUCGAGACGCGUGAUGGGAAGCUGGUGUCCGAGUCAUCUGACAUCCUACCCAAGUGAACGGCCACUGUGGCCCCUCCCAGCCCCCCACUUCCCGCCGCUGCCCCGGAGCCAGUGGGGGAGGCAGUUGUGCAGGGGGUUGCUGGGAACAAGAGACCCACCUGAGGCUCAGCCCCAGGCCUCAGCCCACACUUGGGGGGAGUCUACUGCCUGGGACAACCCUCUUGGCCAUGCUUUUGACUUAAAGCCAAUUCAAGUGUCUUUUCCAAAAUAAAGCUUCAGCUGGCUCUGCCAGCCCUCCUUGG